GGAGAGAGGGAGGGGUGAGUUCAGUCCUUUUUAAUUAUUUUUAAAUGGUAAAAACGAAUCCCAUCAGGAUGUUGAAGAGACUCCUGCGGAUCUCCAACCGCUCCUUCUUGGCCUUUAUCUUCUUCUUCUCCUUGUCCUCGUCGGGCCUCUACUUCAUCUAUGUGGCACCUGGAAUAGCAAAUACCUAUCUCUUCAUGGUGCAAGCACAAGGCAAGAUGUUAAGGGACAAUGUGAGGACCAUAGGAAUCCUAAUUCGAGACCGUUACACAAAGAGGAACAACACACUUAAUGGGACAGAUUACCUUGAAGGCUAUAAUUCAAGUGAAUACCUUGGUCAAAGUGCGACGUAUCUUCCAGAAGAUUUCACAAUUUCUCCUGGCUUGCCUUGCCCAGAAAAACUGCCUUAUAUGAAGGGGCUAGUUGACGUGAACAUGAGUGAAAUCAGCAUGGAAGAAAUCCAAAGGAUGUUGUCCCAGGAUUCAGACAUUGAGUAUGGUGGGCACUGGAAGCCAAAGGACUGCAAAGCACGUUGGAAGGUGGCAAUCCUUAUUCCAUUCCGCAACCGUCAUGAACAUCUACCGAUUCUGUUUCGACACAUGAUUCCCAUGCUUCAGCGACAGCGUGUGCAGUUUGGGUUCUACGUGAUUGAGCAGGAUGGCAGCUAUCCCUUUAAUCGAGCCAUGCUUUUCAACGUUGGCUUCAUGGAGGCGAUGAAGGAUUUGGAUUGGGACUGUCUAGUCUUCCAUGACGUGGAUCAUAUUCCCGAGAGCGAUCGCAAUUAUUACGGAUGUGGGCAAAUGCCACGACAUUUUGCGUCAAAGCUGGAUAAGUAUAUGUACAUCCUACCCUACAAUGAGUUCUUUGGUGGGGUCAGUGGUCUAACAGUAGAGCAGUUUAAAAAAAUCAAUGGCUUUCCCAAUGCUUUCUGGGGUUGGGGUGGAGAAGAUGAUGACCUGUGGCGCAGAGUUCUUUAUGCAGGUUACAAUGUGAGCAGGCCCGAGGGUGACCUGGGGAAAUACAAAUCUAUUCCUCAUCAUCACCGAGGAGAGGUACAGUUUCUAGGCAGAUACAAAUUGUUAAGGUACUCGAAGGAACGCCAACCCCUGGAUGGGUUGAACAACUUGAAGUACACUCCAAACAUAACCGUUAACUUAUUGUACAAAAAUAUAACUGUGAACCUUACACCAGAGUUGGCUCCUGUAGAUGAAGUUUAAAGGAGAUCUGGCAUCUUGCUUUUUAACAGCUUCCUGGAAUCCGAUGAUGGAUUUCCGAGCGUUUUUAAUCUGUGGCAGUUCGGUGAAGGGCUCAAGAGUCUUGAGGAACAGCCAACCAGCUCAGCCGUAAAUUAUUUAAUGACUGCUUGGCUCCCGAAGUUUGAAUAGCUGACUGUGUCUGCAUGCAUGUGCACUGGCUUUGCUAAUGAAUUCAUCUUGCAUUUUGAAGGGACAAAAAUGCCACCAUUCUGAAAUCAAGAAGUUUACAGCAGGACCGCUCUCUAUCUAAAGUCCUUGCACUAUUGUAGUCACUUUUUUGUCAUAUUCAGCUGCCUCUGUACAAAGGUGUCUACUCCAAUUGCAUCUGACCCAAACUGUUAAAGCCAAUAGAGUUCCCAUCUCUCGUUGCUGCAUACGACAUUGUAUUUUUAGCUAAAAUGAAGGCUUCCGGUGUGUUUGGAAUAAUGCUGUGGAUUUGUAAAUAUAUAAAUGUAAAAUUGUGCACUUUGCCACUCCUGUUUUAUAUCAUUGAAUCGAUGCAUUUGGGUGAUGUUACAUUUAAUAAGGAAAUGAUAUCUAUCUAUAUAUAUUAUAUAUAAUGUAUAUGUAUGUAACUUAGCAUGAAAGAACAAAGGUGUAAAUAUUACCUUUAAGAUGCAUUAUUCUUUCCAUGCUAAAGGUUGUAGAGAAUUCCAAUAUGUUGUUUGGUUUCUGGCAGCUAAAAUCGUACUAUGUUAAGAUAGGGCAUAAACAGCAAGUACAUCGACCUUCCAGGUUUGACUGGGAAGGUAUUUUUUUUUCCCCCUGUAUGAAAACAAAUGAGUCUAGCCUCGGAUUACCUUCUGACGUGUGGCAUGGUGCCAUCUUGAUACAUUUGUGUAUAAGUGGGGAUGAUUAGCAUUUAGCCUAGAUGGGAGGAUGUUUUUCACUGACUGUUAAAGCGUGAGGCUACGCUGAAAGCUGAAUCAAAUUUUCACCUUCUAUGAUUUCAAUGCACUGACUUCCACAAUACACAACCAAAUCUGUUUUCUCCAUCAUAGGAUCAGCUGACCACCUCCACAUUUUCAUCUGUGCUGCUUCUCUCAUUUCCUCUCUCUCUCUUCAAUUCCCUGGACGCUUAAAGGUUCAGCAUUUAUAAACGCGCCACUGGAUAUAUAUAAAAAAAACUUGUCAUUGAAUUAAUAUCUUGAAAGUGAGAUCCUGUUUUCUUUAAUCAUGUCAACUAGAAAAGGAUUUUAAAAUCUUAAGUGCACUUGCCAAUAAUGAUAAAAGCAUGCUGUGAAUAAGUGGAUGCACUCAAAAAAAAAUUCAGUUUGGGGGUGGGGUGAAGCUGAAAAUGUGCCAGUACUACUGAUGUCAGAAUGAUUCUUUGCAAAAGAAAAACUUCCCUUAAUUUAAUGUUGCAUUCUUUUGACAAUGUUGGGGUCUGUGACUCUCGCUAAGAGCCUUUUUUCCUUUGUUUAGUGGAAUAGAAAAAGGCCCUAAUGGUUCUUAACCUCAUUAGUACUGGGAGAGUUGACGGUGUGGGGGACAGGACAAAUUUAUUUUGUUAUUCAUUAUCUUUUUAGUCUGUGUGAGCACAGUGUUAGCCUGGUUCAGUUGGUAGCACUCUCACUCCUUGAGUCCAAAGGUUUUGGGUUCAGGCUCCCACAUCGGACUUGAAUUCGCAUGGUCUAAGCUGAUACUCCGAUGCGGUGCUCGGAGGGUGUUGCAUUGUCGGAGACGCUGAACUUUGGGUGAGAAGUUAAAACCGAGAUCCGGUCUGACUGUUUAGGUGGAUGUUAUAAAUCUCAUGACACUGUUUAAAA